AUGUUACUUGAUUUAAUUGGUAUUGUGACCCUCGUUGUUUGUAUUAUUUGGUUGAUACAGCAAGACGGAGCAUCCAUCGAAGCAAUCAUCAACAAUAUUUCAUCAUCGACAUUUGCUGUCAUUGGCAAAACAAAACACUCGAAAAAUGUAGUAGAUGAAAAAUUAGAUAACUCCUCAUGCGGUCGUCACUCUCGACGUUGUUUAUUGCAAUGUCAUGAUGAAACUGCAAUUACUGGGAAGGAACUAGUAUUUUAUGUAGAAUUGAAUUUUGAACCUUUUUUGGAUGGAAAUAAUGGAAUCGUUUCUUGUUCCUCGAGAAUGACCACAAAUUUUGAAACGGAUGAGCAUGCAACAACAGAAGCAAAGGAAGAGGAGGUUAAUGGCAGUGAAGUGUUUUCGGUUCUAAAAAAGGAAAUUAUGAACGGUGUCAAAAACGUCAUUCAAUGUCCUUAUUAUGACAUCAAAAUUUCAUAUUACGACAAUGAAUGGAAACGUCCAUUGGUGGUGGUGAAUGACCAGGGUGUUGACAAGAUGUUUCGAACCAUCCUUAGACAUCAGCAUUUGCAUCAUGAUUCCAAAACAUUUCCAUCGUCCUCUCCACACCACUCGGACCUGAACAUGUUGCCAAACGAUACAUCCUAUCAUGUCUACAACGACAUUAACCAUCGACCAGUAAUUGUUGUAAAUAUUGUGCCAUUACACGACGCUAGGCCAUUCCUUAAUCUCGGUAAAAGAUUGAUGGAAUAUUGUAAAUAUGAAAAAGCAAUUUACAGCUUCACAAAAGCCAUUGAACGACAAUCUAAGGAAGCUCAUCUCUUUAGAGGUGAAUGUUAUAUUGAUUCAAAGGAAAAGGAACUCGAAGGAAAUAUUUUAGAAGAUUUCACAGCGUUUAUUGACUCAUGUCAACAUUCUUCAUAUGGCCAACAAUUAGGUUUAUUGGUGAGAGGAAGUUUUCAUCACGACAUGGGAAACUAUCAUGCCGCCCUCGAAGAUUUGAGUCAAGUUGUAAAUCAUGUCACCUAUUCCACAUGGGCGCAUUUACUUCUUGCACUGGUAUUUAAGGAUUUGCGACAGCUUGAGAAAGCUUCUCAGGAAAUUUCUCGUGUGAAUAUUCCACUAGAUCCUGCUUGUGAAUUACCUCGUGCUGGAGAAGAGAAUCAACAAGACCCAGUUGGUACUAGCUCAACGAUUCAGAAUCCAGAAAAUCAGGAAACAUCUACAACUCCCUUCCAUGGCACGAGAAACAAUUCACUUCAAUGCAGUUAUCUGUCACAUGACUUGUUUUUAUUUCCAUCCGUGAUAAACAAAAUUGUGAGACGAGAUGGAGAAUUGGGCAAUGUCUUUUCCAAGCUCCUGACCAAGAGCAAACAAUUUCAACAACACAACGAGGAUAUGAGCGAAAUGCAAGAACUCUUCCCAACAACGAACUUGGAACCAACCAUAAAUGUACAUUAA